UUUUGUUGUGAUAACACGAGCGCUUUGUUAAAGCGUUUCAAAGAAAUAAUUAAAUAGAAAUAAUAAUAAACAAAUAUUUAAUAAAUAAUAAAAUAAAUAAUAAAAAUAGUUAAAUAAACUCAAAUUUAAUGUAAAAUUAAAAAAGUAGAAAAAAAACGUAUUCAAAAGAGAGAACAACUUAUACACACAUAUUUUCCUUUAGAGUAUACACACACAUACAUACAUAUUAACAUACAAACAAACAUUCCUAAGGAGCAAAAAUUUUACUAUAACAAGGAGAUAAAGAAAAAAAAAUCAUAUAAUAAAACUAAGAACAAGCAUAAAAGCUAGAGCAAAAGCAAGUUACAGUUAGAAAGAAGAGGAGAGAGAGAGCGAAUGAGAAGGAUUGCAAUAAAACAAAAAUCAAGCAUAGAGAAAAUUUGACAUUUUAGUUUAUAAUUUCAAAAAGGAAACUUAAGCAAUUUAUUUUAAAAUUUGAAUAAAAUAAAGGAAAAAAAUAAUAAAAUAUUUGAUAAAAAUUAAAAAAAGAAAGUUCAUCAUAAAUUAUAUUAAAUUUUAACCAAAAGAAAUUUGUGUUUUAGUGUUUACAGGCAAAAGAAACGUUAAAAAUCAAUAAUUUAGAAAAUUAAUAAAAAAAAAUAUCGAAAAAUAAACCAGAAAUAUUUUUAGUUAAGUGUUUUUAAAAACCCAACAACUAACCUUUAAAAAACAACAAAAAUAUCAUCAUGGAUAUGUUAAAUCAAAUCUUAAAUAUGAAUGCUGGUGGUGCCUAUGGUGGUGGCAAGGCUGGUGGCGCCUUUGAUCCCCUUUCAUUUGCCAUGAAACCACAAGUAGUGAUACGAGCCUUGUGUUGGCUUUUCUCCAUUGUUGUCUUCGGUUGCAUAUCGUCAGAAGGUUAUCGCGAAGAAGAUGGCAAAGAUGUUUGCAUAUUAAACGAUGACAAUAUGGCCUGCAAGUAUGGCAAUACAGUGGGCGUUUUUGGUUUUCUUGCGUCCAUGGCGUUUAUAGUGGGUGAAUUUCUAUUCGAACGCAUGUCAUCGGUGAAAAGUCGGAAACGUUUUGUGAUGGCUGAUAUGGGUUUUUCAGCCUUUUGGGCCUUCAUGUAUUUUGUGGCCUUUAUUUAUAUUUGGUCUCAGUGGAGUUCGGCUGAAAUGCCUCCUGGUGGCAUUGGUGCCAGUAAUAUGCAAGCUGCCAUUGUUUUCUCAUUAUUUUCCAUAUUCACUUGGGCUUUAUGUGCUUUCUUGGCUUAUAAACGUUUCUUAAUUGGUGCAGGCGAUGAAUUUACCUCAGCCUUUGAAAAUGAUCCUGCCAAUGUUGUGCAUCAACAGGCCUACAAUAGCUAUUCCGUGGACAAUGAUAAUGAUCAAUAUAGUGCUUCACCCUUCACAGCUCAGCAAACAGGCAUGGAGCAACAACCCAAUAUGGAUUAUCAACAGCCCACCUAUUAGAUAUCAUUUAAAACACCCUAAAAACAUAGAAAAUAUUCCUUAGAUUUUUGUAGUUCACUUGACAUACUACUUACUACUCACUGUUGAUAUUUCCCUGAAAAAUACAUAAAAUAUUUUUGCAAAUUUUGAACUAAAUCUGUCGCUCAAGGUAAAGAACAACAAAUAAAACAUUGUAAACUUGAACAAUACAAAACAUACACCGAAAUGAUACAUAUUUAAAACAAAAACAAAAAACAUUAAAACAUUAACAAACUCACACAAUAAAAC